AAUGGGUCACUGGGCCUAAUUCUUUUGCCGGCCCGUUUUCACCGGCCCGCGUCGCGAGGCCUUUCUCGUGCGCGUGACCUUUCCACCGUCGCUCCGAUCUCUCCUCCUCCUGCGCUUUAGGGAGACGCCGCCGCGCCGCCGCCCACCCGCCAUGGCGCUCCUCGCCGCCGUCCGCCGCCUUCCUCGGGCCCUCCGGCUCCUAAAGCCUCACCACCUCAGCACCACUUCUUCCUCCACCUUCUUCGGGGACUCCGAGGGCUCUGCGCCCGCCUGGGAGCCGCGGUCCCCCGUCCGCUCCCCGCCGGACGACCAGUUCGCGGCGUGGGUCACGCGGCUCCGCCCGGGCUUCACCGCGUGCGACCUGGCGGACGCCAUCAACUCCGAGCAGGACCCGGACCUCGCGCUCGCGCUCUUCCGCUGGGCCGGGCUCCGCCCGGGCUUCCGCCACGGCCCCGCCUCCUACAUCGCCGCCCUCAACGCCGCCUCCUCCGGCAAGCGCCCCGUCGCCGCGGAGAACCUCAUCCACGACGUGCUCGCGGGGGCCUGCGCCCCCGACCUCCAGCUCUUCAACGCCUGCCUCCGCUUCUGCUGCGACCGCCGCAGUCUCUUCCCCAUCGCCUUCGACAUGUUCAACAAGAUGCGCGCCCUCCCGGCCAACGCCGGCUGCCGCCCCAACGUCGAGACCUUCACGCUCCUCCUCAGCACCGUGGUCCGCCGCGUCCGCCGCCCGCCCGCGUCGCUGGUCUACCUCCACGCCGUCAGAUCCCUCUCCCGCCAGAUGAAGGCCACGGGCGUGGUCCCGGACACCUAUCUGCUCAACCUGAUCAUCAAGGCGUAUGGGCGGUGCCUUGAGGUGGACGACGCCCUCAAGGUGUUCCGUGAAAUGCCCCUCUACGGCUGUGAGCCGAACGAGUUCACCUACGGCUACAUCGUCAAGGCCAUGUUCCAGAAGGGCAGGACCGACAACGGGUUGGUGUAUCUCAAGACGAUGAGGGAGAAGGGGUUCGUGCCGAGCGGCGGCGUGUACAUGUCAGCGGUGGCCGCGCUAGCACUGGAAUGGAGGUUCGAGGAAUCGAGAGAGGUGCUUUUGGAUAUGCUGGAUAGCAAGAGGAAGCCAGAUAUGAUCACUUACAGGACUCUGCUGGAGGAGCUGUGCCGAGCUACACGGACAGAGGACGCGUUCCAGUUGCUGGAGGAGCUGAAAGAGAGGAAGCGAGGAGCACUGGACCAGAGGAUGUACUCUGAAUUGCUCGAUGGGCUGCACUGGAUUUCUCAGCCACAACAGAAUAGUCUUCCUCGCCGUGACAGGGGCUCCGAUGAUAGGGGAUCUGAUGACUGAAAUUCAUCGAUGAAUUGCAUGUCUUAGUGCUAUCCAAUGGCCAAUCACAGUCAUAGAGAGUAAUUCAUGAAUUAAGCAGGAGGGCCACCUUCACUGGUAUUAUCUGGUUGACUCAACUUUGCACAAUUACUGCUUCUGGCAUGAUCGAUGACAUGCCCACAGGGCGGAGAAAUGCACAAAAUGUCUUGACAGGAGAUGUGGGAUCAGAAAAAUUGCUUGUUGCUGGCGGCAAUGAUUGUUGGGGUGCUGUUCAACUUGUCAAUUGCAAUUUCCGAAGUAAAUCACGGUGGCAUUCAGAAAUGGUUAUUCCAGGAUUUCGGGUGUACAACAUCAGUCAACUCUCUGGGAAGAAACUACCCAGGGUAUCCUAUUGCUCGCGUAGCUGGAGACAGUUAAAUACGAUUUAUUGUUAUGAAAUGAACAGUAGACUGGAAGCGAUUCCAACCUUCACCAACAUCCGUGUUUCUGUAGUGUCCAGCAGUGGAACCAAAAACAAAAAAAAACAGGUGAUUGUAUCAGUAGUAACAAAUGGGUGAGGUUUUGAUCCUUUGCCAACCGUAGCGAGUCAGACACAAAAUCCUGCAUAUUGCUAUCCUGGUGUGUGGUAUCAGUUUUUGUUUUUCUGUUUUUUGUUUUUUGUUUUUGAGGGGAUGUUGGUUCAGUUUUCUGGUAAGUCAAGCAAGUACUCCCUCCGUCCGGAAUGGAAAUUGAUGUAAUUUCGGACGGAGAUAAAUCAGGAUGUGAUUGUGAUGCCGUGAUGUGCCAGUUGCAGGGCUGUAUUGUAUUUGCAGCUCGGCUCACCCGGUUGCUCA